AAAAUUGUCAGACUAGGGGGUCCAACCGCGGAGAGGGGCAUUCCGGGGAUUUUUGCAGCGGCUGGUGGAGGAGAUAAAAUAUGUUUGUAUAAAUGGCCGACCGGUCCCGGCAUCCGCUCCGCCCAAAACAAAACCAAAAAUCCAAAUCAAAAUCAAAAAGCAAAAUCACCCAUCUUUUGUCCUUUGGUUUCAGGAAAUUGAGGCCUUGUGAUCGAAACGAAGGGCAAUUCAAAAUUGAAAAUGCCUCUGAAGACUUUGGACGCCACCGUUUCGAGCUUCGAUAAUGUGUUUGAGAAAUUCCGAACUGAAGCCCCAAAGAACAAAGCCAAUCUCAUCCUCUUCUUGGCCGACAAAGACCCUUCUACUUCUCUCAGCUGGUGUCCUGACUGUGUGAGAGCUGAACCAGUGAUACACAAGAAGCUGGAAGCAUCAACUGGAGACGUGACACUCUUGAGAGCUUAUGUUGGAGAUAGACCCACAUGGAGGAAUCCCCAACACCCAUGGAGAGUUGACUCAAAGUUCAAGCUGAGGGGAGUUCCAACACUAGUUUGCUGGGAGAAUGACACAAUCAAGGGUCGCCUCGAAGACUAUGAAGCCCACCUUGAGAACAAAAUUGAUGACCUAGUUUCUGACAAAUAGAUUUGGAUAUUUUUCCAAUGCAUUUCAAGUUUAUGGUUGUGUUGCUCCUGGUAGUUUGUAUCGCAUCCUGCUGUCUGCUACUGCUGGUCAAUAAUGUUGCACUGGAACAGAUGAUGAAAUAAGCGUUUUGUGUCUA